AAUCUUAGGUUAAUAAUACUAAUCAUGCUACUUCUCUCUCUCUCUCCUUGGAGUACCCGUCUCAACUUUCCUUUAACUGGGGCUUCAUUCAAAGCCUAAAAAGUAAAAACAAAACAGAAAGAGAAAAAUUAGAAACACCACCACUUAGCACGUUUUUAACACAGUGAUGAGAAUGAAAGAGUAGAGAUUGCAGAGGUCGCACAAUUCCCACUUCCAUUGAAAUCUGGCGCAAUUCAAGAGUAAGGGAGAAAAGUGUGAAGGGAUCCUCCACUUUGUUCCUCAAACUUCUUUCUUUGCCAUUGAUUGAACUGUGUUUUUGAACAUGGCAUCAUGGUAAUGCGUUUCUCACGCUUCUCUGCUUAUUGUUUCUUGUUUUUCUUCCCUCUCUAAUCCACCCUUCAAUGCCAUUUCCACCCUUUCCGAGAAAACGGGAAACCAAAGUUUGGAUUUGUUCAAAAUUCUUAAUUUUCUGGUUUUUGAACGGUAUGAACAUUGUUGGUUUUAAGGGGAGCUGAUUUUCUUACGUUAUUUGAUGUGAUCUCGUGCUUAGUUUGGUGUUUUGAUCUGUUAUUUGAUAUGGGCUGUGAUCAGUUCUCCCAACGAAGAAGGAAGGAUGGCCCAUGUGGUAGAAAUUAGAAUAGUGUGACACGUUUGUUUUGAUUUGGUUGUGCAUUGAAAACUGAGGUUUUUUAUGCGUAUGAGGUGUUUGUGAGAUUUGAUUAUGUGUGAAGGAACACGAGUACUAAGAAUCUAAGUUUGAUUGGUAGAGAGCAGAGGAAAAACCAUGCAGUCUAGGUUGGAGGAAGGGAAGGACCCUGCUGGAUUUAGGACUACUCCCUCUAGGCCCUUCCCUUUGAGACUUCUGCAGUUCUUCUUGGCCUUUUUGGUUAUUGGCCUAGGUGCUUCGUUUCUUAGCAUGUACAUGAUUAGGCAUUUUGGUAUUCAUAAUGUGGCUUUGGUUCAGUCUUCAUUUAAGCCUUGCUUUGAGCAGCCGGCAACCUUAGAAAGUUGGAUUAGGCCUCGAUCCAGUUUGCUGCAUACCAUGAAUGACACCGAACUCUUCUGGCGAGCUUCUUUUGUUCCAAGGAUCAAGAGUUAUCCUUUUAAAAGAACUCCCAAGAUUGCCUUCAUGUUCUUGACCAAGGGACCCUUGCCAAUGGCACCACUCUGGGAGAAGUUCUUUAGAGGGCAUGAGAGGCUUUAUUCAAUCUAUGUUCAUUCGCUGCCAUCUUAUAAUGCUGAUUUUUCACCAUCAUCAGUCUUUUACAGGAGACAGAUCCCAAGCCAGGUGGCAGAGUGGGGAAUGAUGAGUAUGUGUGAUGCUGAAAGAAGACUUCUGGCUAAUGCAUUGCUUGAUAUCUCAAAUGAAUGGUUUAUCCUCUUAUCAGAGUCCUGCAUUCCCCUCCAAAACUUCAGCAUUGUGUACCUUUACAUAGCACGCUCAAGAUAUAGCUUUAUGGGUGCAGUUGAUGAACCUGGUCCUUAUGGGAGAGGACGGUAUGAUGGAAACAUGGCACCUGAGAUCAACAUGAGUGACUGGCGAAAAGGCUCUCAGUGGUUUGAAAUUAACCGAGAACUAGCUCUUAGGAUAGUUGAAGACAAUACUUACUAUCCUAAGCUCAAAGAAUUCUGCAAACCACACAAAUGUUAUGUUGAUGAGCACUAUUUUCAGACAAUGUUAACAAUUAAUACUCCUCAUCUUUUGGCAAAUAGAAGCCUCACUUAUGUGGACUGGUCAAGGGGUGGUGCUCACCCAGCUACCUUUGGGAAGGAUGACAUCAAAGAGGAAUUCUUCAAGAAAAUUUUGCAAGAUCAGACAUGUCUUUAUAAUAACCAGCCAUCUUCCCUUUGCUUCUUAUUUGCAAGAAAAUUUGCACCUAAUGCUUUGGGCCCUCUUUUAGACAUAGCACCCAAAGCUCUAGGAAUUGGAAAAAGGCAUAGCUUCUAAGCUACAUCAUUGAAGGAGCACACGCUGACAGAAGCAUGUUAGUUAGCCAUCUGCUAACUCUGUUUUAGUCGCAUGAUUCAUCAUCUAAUCUCCCUGCUUUGCAGAAAUUUUGAGUUGCUCCUCCAGCAUUUAGAUGUCUAGGACAUUGAAUCUAAACCAUAUUUUACAGAAGUAUUAGCCAAAAUAUUGAUUAAUACUUUAUUGGAUUAUUUAUUAGUUAAGUAAAUAUUGUACCCAUCUUUUUGGAAUAUGUUUUGUCAUUUACACAAGUUAUUUUUCUGGCCAUUAAAAAAUGCACUAGCGUAUUAUUUUGAGGCAUCCAGUAUGUGGUUCUUUCAAUUGGCAGUUUCCAUCUCUGCUAGUUGGUUUAUCUUGCAACUAAGAUGCCAAGGCCAGAGCUAUGAAAUAUACUCAGAUGUCAGAAUUAUAGUUUGUUUCAUGUUGGUAAAAAUAUCAGUAAGCCCCUCUUUUGGCUUUA